AUGCCUUCAAAACUUCUCCCCUCCCCCCCCCCAGCCGAAGAGUCUGCCCCUCCCCCUCCCCCCCCGGCCUCCUCCUGGCGAAUCGGAGCUGCUUUUUGGAUUCUGGGCCUCUGUAACAACCUCCCGUACGUGGUGAUGCUCAGCGCCGCCCGCGACCUGCUGGAGCCACGCCCCGGGGAAGAGCGGAAGAAUCGGAGCCGGCACGACUGCGACCCCGUGGGGACCGGGGCCGUGCUAUUGGCCGACGUCGUCCCCGCCCUGGUGGUGAAGCUGCUGCUGCCCCUGGUGGGGCCUUACCUGCCCGACAGGCUGCGCGCGGUGGCCGUGGCCCUGUGCCUCUGGGGCAGCGUCAGCGCCGUGGCCGCGGCCACAGGGACCCUGAGCGGCCUCGGGGGUGUGGCCGUGGGCAGUGCGGGGGCGGGGCUUGGUGAGGUCACCUUCCUGACCCUGGCCUCCUCCUACCCCAGCUCCGGCGUCUCCUAUUGGUCGUCGGGGACGGGCGCGGCCGGAGUGGGCGGGGCUUUGGCCUUCUGGGGUUUGAGGGCGUGGCUGCCCCUCCCCCAGUCGCUGCUGCCCUUCCUGGCCCUGCCCCCUCUGAUGCUGCUCAGUUUCUUCUUCAUCCUCGGCCCCGCCCCUCCCCCCAGGCCGGCCCCGCCCCUCCCCCAGCCCGACGAAGGGGGCGGGGCCACGGAGGAGAAAUGGGGCGUGGCCAAGGCCGCGCUCCGCCAGGGGGCGCCGCUGGGCCUCGUUUACUUCGCCGAGUACUUCGUCAACCAGGGGCUGAUGGAGCUGCUGUACUUCCCCUCCUCGCCCCUCCCCCACAGCGCCCAGUACCGCACGCUGCAGCUGCUGUACCAGGCCGGCGUCUUCGUCUCGCGCUCGUCGCUGCGCUGCCUCCGCCUGCGGCGCCUCUGGGGGCUGGCGCUGGCACAGGUGCUGCUGGCCGCGUUCCUAUUGGCCGCCGUGGCUGUCAAUCAGCUGCUGCCCGCGCUGGGCGUGGCCGCGGCGCUGGCGCUGGGGGAGGGGCUUGUGGGGGGCGGGGCCUACGGGAACGCCUUCGCCAACCUGAGCGAGCAGGUGCCCCUCCCCCAGCAGCCGCUGGCCGUCGCUGUGGUCACUCUGGUGGCCGAAGUCGCCAUCGCCGCGGCCGGAGGGGUCGCCCUGGGGGCUCACGCCGCCUUCUGCGGCCAGGAGUGACCACUGAGUGACCGCUGACCACUGAGUGACCACUGAGUGACCACUGAGUGACCGCUGACCACUGAGUGACCACUGAGUGACCGCUGAG